AUGAAGAAUCUUGCUAGAAGCUAUGUGUGGUGGCCAGGAAUCGAUGGUCAAAUUGAAAUUUUGACAAAAGGGUGUGAAGGAUGUCAAAGAGUUCAAAAUGCACCACCUUUAGCCCCGUUACACCCCUGGGAAUGGCCUUCAUCUCCUUGGCAGCGGGUACAUAUUGACUUUGCUGGUCCAUUCAUGGAUUGUACGUUUCUUAUUGCAGUGGACGCUCAUUCAAAAUGGCCAGAGGUAAUAAAGAUGAAAUCCACUACUUCUGAGAAAACAAUUGCUGUGCUGCGAACCAUCUUUGCUAGAAAUGGUCUACCGGAGCAAGUGUGCAGUGACAAUGGGCCACAGUUUGUGUCCAUGGAAUUCAAAAAGUUCAUGCAAGACAAUGGAAUUAAACAUUUUACAUCAGCUCCACAUCAUCCAGCCACUAAUGGUUUGGCUGAGAGAUUUGUCCAAACAUUCAAAAAAGCUAUCAAGUCCAUGCACCAUGAACAUCUACCUUUGCAACACAAGAUUGACAACUUCUUGUUUAUUUAUCGUAGGACUGAGCACUCCACUACCGGUCAGCCUCCUGCAGUGCUAUUUAUGCAACGGAACUUACGGUCUCAGUGGGACUUGAUAAAACUGGAUGUAAGGCGGAAGGUACAUAACAAACAGUUUCAAUCAGUUUAUCAGAAACCUACUCGGUUCUUCCACAUUGGCCAAGAGGUUCUGGUCCGUGAUUAUAGAGGAGACAAAUGGCAACCGGGAAUAGUUUCUUCCAAAGCCGGCCCUCUGAUGUACGAGAUUGAAGUUGGAGGAGAAUUGUGGCAUCACCACAUUGAUCAAAUCAUUGAGGCUGGGAGGCAAACUGACUGUACGUCGACAGCUGGACAUAGCCAAGCCAGUGAUGUGGGGGUUUAUGUAUACCCCUCUGGAACUGAUACAGAGACUGUUCCUGACACUGUGGAGGAAAUGUACCCCUCUGGGUCAGAUACAGAGACUGUUUCCAAACCUGCUAUGGAGUCACCUGAGCAUGAGGUUCCCUUAGUAACAACUGAUCCUGAACCCUCUAGUGGGAUUUCUGUGGAGCAGCCAGUCACUCUGGGAGUUAAACAUCGGUAUCCAGACAGCGUUCGUAAGGCACCUCAAAGGCAUACUUGCCUACCCUCCCGGAAUGGCCGGGAGGCUCCCGAAAAUCGUGUGACCCUCCUGGCCCCCCGGAAAGGUGGGCAAGCCUCCCGCUUUCCCCCUCGGCCGCCCGCAGCAGAGAACAAGCGGGCGGCCGGAGGGGUCCGAUGA